CAACUCAAAUUUCGUUCAAUUCCUUCAUUUCCCGCCUCUUUUGAUGGACCAAGCUCGGUCCUCGGGUAUGGAAAUGAACAGGGUUUUACUCGAUUUUCAAGAUGCCAUUUCCACAAUUCAAUUCGCUCCCCAUUCAAACAAUCUCCUUGCUUCCUCCUGGGACUCUAGUCUUCGCUUGUACGAUGUGGAUAGUUCUGCGCCCAGACUUGAAGCUCCCUCCGAAGCUGCGCUUCUGGAUUGUUGCUUCCAGGACGAGUCGGUGGCAUUCAGCGCUGGUUCUGAUGGCUUCAUAAGGAGGUAUGACUUGCAAUCAGGAAUUUUGGAUACCAUUGGGAAGCAUGAUGAUAUUGCAACCCAUAUUGGAUAUUCUGGUCGAACAUGCCAAAUAGUAUCAGCUGGUUUGGAUAGAAAGAUACUGUUGUGGGACACACCUACAGUAAAAGCUCUGUCAAUUGUAAGAAAUAUGGGUUCAGAUGUGGUGUCCAUGUUUAUCUCUGGAUUUAAUUUGAUUGUGGCUUCUGGAGUGUGUCUCAGUUCCUUAUUGCGAAGAUAUAUUUUCUGGUGUCACCCAAAGUCAAAGGCUAGAAGAAACCAUUUGGAGUCUGUGAAUGCUAUUGCGUUUAAUCCAAUACACCACGGCGCUUUUGCUACGGGUGAUAAUGAAGGCUUUGUCAGUAUAUGGGAUUUCCACAGCAAGAGAAGACUACUUGAGUUGCCGAGAUUUCCAAAUAGUGUGGCUUCCUUAUCUUACAACUGCGGAGGGGAACUUUUGGCUGUUGCUUCAAGUUGUACGUUUCAAGAAGCAAGAGAAAGAGAAGAUCCUCCUCAAUUGUUCUUAUACGUAAUGGAGCACAACAAUAUCCAAAACGUUGCCUCCCAGUAAAGAAGGCGUCCUAUUACUAUUUUCCAAUACCAUAUGGGCCUCAAAAAUUGGUGCAUUAAUACUUAGAAAGUCAAGGAAAGAGCACCACAAGCAAAGUGUUGUAUUGUAUGAAUUUGGUGUUAGUGUAUUAUUUUCUAAUUUUAAGUUUUUUUUUUCUUUCCUUUUCUUCCUUUUCUACUACAUACAUUCCUUCUCUCCACAGCCAAUUUGUGGCGAUAAUCUUCAUAUUAGGUGUUAAUUUAGUUAAUUCGUAGUGUUAUAUUUUCAAUUUAGUUUUUA